AUGUACUGGAAAAAUGAAGUUUUGUCCCCUCUCUCAGAGGGAAAUAAGAUUCUGUCCGACGGAAUUCCCACGAAGCAGGUGAUCUCUACGGAGCAUCAGAGUACACAGGGAGCCUCGCGCUGCAGUGUGGACUCGAAACACGCGCCAAUGUCUCAAUCGGACGGAGAAUCCCAGCGGUCCAACAUGGAGCGGGAGGACACUCGCUCGUCCCCGAGCACUCCGUCCACCCCCUCCGUGUGCUCGCCGACCUCCACCACCAGCUCGGUGCCUUCCACCGGGAAGAACAUGUGCGCCAGCUGCGGUCUGGAGAUUCUCGACAGAUACUUGCUGAAGGUGAACAACCUGAUCUGGCACGUGCGCUGUCUGGAGUGCUCGGUCUGCAGGACGUCACUACGUCAGCACAGCAGCUGCUAUAUCAAAAACAAAGAGAUCUUCUGUAAAAUGGAUUAUUUCAGUAGGUUUGGUACUAAGUGUGCCCGCUGUGGGCGGCAGAUAUACGCCAGCGACUGGGUGCGGCGCGCAAGGGGAAACGCAUACCACUUGGCAUGUUUUGCGUGCUACUCAUGUAAGAGGCAGCUGUCCACGGGAGAGGAGUUUGGUUUGGUGGAGGAGAAGGUCCUGUGUAGGAUUCACUACGACACCAUGGUGGAGAACCUCAAACGAGCGGCUGAGAGUGGCAAUGGUAUCACGUUAGAAGGAGCAGUUCCAACAGAACAAGACAGUCAACCCAAACCGGCUAAAAGAGCACGGACAUCCUUCACUGCAGAACAGCUACAGAUCAUGCAGGCUCAGUUUGCCCAGGACAAUAACCCAGAUGCCCAGACACUACAGAAACUAGCCGACAUGACGGGCCUCAGCAGGAGAGUAAUACAGGUGUGGUUUCAAAACUGCAGAGCAAGACACAAAAAGCACACGCCCCAGCACAGUGGGGCUCCGCAAGGUCAUCCCCAGUCCAGGAUACCCUCGUCCCUGCCCGAUGAGCUGCAUUACUCCCCCUUCGGCAGUCCUGAGCGUGCGCGCAUGGUGGCCCUUCACGGGUACAUUGACAGUCAUCCCUUCUCUGUGCUGACUUCUCAGAGUCUCCCUCACCAGGCCAUGUCGCUGCCCCAGCUCCCCCUCAGCCGCUAGCACUCCACUAUGAACCUUAUGACCCCUAACCUCCGGACCCUAACCCUAACCCUUGAUCUCCCAUCAGUGACGUCUACCGACCUGACCCGGAGGUCAAGCAGGAGUCAGCCUGAAGAAAAGACAAAUCUUACAGGAGCC